UGACACGGGCUUCCUGCUUGCUAAUGCGGGCCCCUCGCCUCAGUCAUGACACAGCGGUGCCAUUAUCCUCCUCUGUAGCUUCCAAGCAUACAGUAUUUCGACGUUGUGGGCCGCCCGCAAGCAGACAGUGCCGAGCGCUCGCCUCAUCGGCGGGCGCAGCCCCGCCGGUCUUGGAUAGUGCAAAGCCAGGACUUGCAAGUACGAAAGCUUUUGGAGCUGAAGAGUUGGACGAGGACUUCUUAUCAGACGAGCAAAUGGUGGCGGACUACCAGUAUACACUACGGCUGUACAGGGCUCUGAAGCGCCAAGUUGGGGACUGGCAGGCCGAGUUCCGUGCCGCUCACGGUGGUCGCAUGCCAACGUCCGAGGAUGCGGCGGGGGCGCGGGGCGCCGAGUUCGGCGCCCUAUACGGCACCUUCCUUGAAGUGCGGUCGCGACUGCUGGUGGAGCUGCCCCGGCUCAAGGCGCGGAUGCAGGAGGCAGCCGCGGCGCAUGCAGUAGCCACCGGCCACAGCAGCGGUGGAGGCCGCGGCGGUGGCGGCGGCCCGCAUCGACAGGGCCAAGGCCAUCGCCAGGGCCAAGGCCAGAGCCAGGUGGUGGAUAACGUGUCCACCUGGCUGCGGGCGGACAGGUACAGGCGGCAGCGGGCGGUGGCGGCAGCAGCGGUGGCGGCCGAGAUGGCGGCGCUGCCUAGCAGCGUGGCGGCUGGCGUCGGCGGCGUGGACUCGGGUCAGGCAGACGGCGAGGCCUGGUCGGAGCUGCUACCUGAGGUGUCGGUGCCCCAGCCACCCUCCGCGCCCUACCAGCCGGUCAUACAGCUCACGCCUUUGGAGGAACGCAUGCCUAUGGCAGCAGCCGCGGCAGCAACCAGGACAACGGCGGGGCAAGCACAGUCGCAGGAUCAGGCCUUGUCCUUAACAGCUGAGAGUAACAGCGCGCCGACUCAGGCGCAAGGUGGGACGCUGCCACCUCCGCAGGCGGUAGACACGACGUUCGCACAAGCAACCGUUGGUAGCAGCGUGAGGGAUUCCGUAUUGGCGGCUGCCGGUCGCAAGAGUGGAGCGCCAGCACCGACACCUCCAGAAGCGGGGUCGGGGGCCUCGACGGGGCAAGGCAGCAGUCGCGCCAAGAACGCCCUGCUGGCGGCGCUCAAGUACAAGAAGGGGCAGGGGCCGACAGGCGGGAGCGGCGGCACUGUGGCUGCGGACAAGGGUGCAGAGGUGGAGCGGCAGGAUGUAGCUGGGCUGAAGCCGGGUGCCGAGGUGCAGGUUGAGAUGGUGCCGGGUGACGCCAGUAGCGCCUACCAGGGGCGUGUACGGCAGCUGGAUGCGCUGCCCGAGUCGUUCAUGCUGUGCCCGUAGAGAGGCGUUACGUGGAGGCAUCAUUGGGGGUACUACAGGUGCAGCGUAGGGCAGGCUCGGGCCCUGUGGCAUGGAAUGCAUAAGUACCGUCAACAUUCUGUGUGUGAACAAUGGUCAGGAAACCCUAUCACGACCGAUGUGCAGUUGUGUGUGCAAAAAUACAUACAGUUGCCCCUGCAUGGGGAGCAUGGGGGCUUGUGCGUCCUGCGUGGCUGUCUACCAUGUAUGUACCACUAUGUUGUCCAAUGUCUUAAUGUCUAUACGGCAUCCCGGAAGUGCACGCCGAACGGUGUGCUGGUCUCGAACUGCCAAACGGUGUGCUGGUCUCGAACUGCAAACAUGUCAGCGCUGCGAUGAUUAGUGACAACAUCAAGAGCUGGACAGGGUCUGUCAAGGUAAUCCAGUUGAUGGAUGGUCCACUUUGUUAAGCUCUUGUAUUUGAUCUGUGUGAAUCGCUCUGGGCUCCAUUGCCUUCGGCUUGCCGUCGCCUUGAGACAGAGGGGUCUUGAUGCAGUUUGGUCCGAUGGCAAUCAAGGGCGGCGCUUAUGCAUGGGUCGCCGGCGGCCGCCGCGUUGGCAAGAACAUCGGCCAACACGCCGGAGUCCUGUGCGCCUGCUGCUAUGCACCUUUGCCGGUGCGUGUCAUUCACCGGCAACCGUUGGCAAAGGGAAUGGUUGUUUGGUCGGUUGCCACUGAUGACCAAGCGGCGGUCAUGUCUUGCGCGCGCGGCGCGGACUGCUACAGCGGCAACUGGUGCCGGACCUGGCCUCCACCUUCCCCACGCUGACAGCAGUUGCAGCAGACGCGCAGGCGCGCAGUAGCAGGCGACUGCCGUGGCAGACAGCCAGAGCUAGACGGAUGUGUGGAAGGAUGCAGAGGUCUUAGCGGCACUGCGUGCCGGUGGAGCAGCAGCUGGGAUUGUAAAGCGCAACGGCA